AUGGCUUGGUUUGCAGAGACUGUGGUGAAGGAGUACAAGGCAUGUGCGUGGCUAAGCGUCAUUCUCCUGUAUCUCAUGCCGAUUGUGUUCUUUCUCUGCAGGGCGUACAGCAUCCUACAUGAUGGGACCCCGGCAAUGCAAACCUCGAUGUCGGCAGAUUGGGGAAGCUUGCCGACAUUCCUGUUUUGCAGCCCGGAGGGGCAUCCCAAGCUCGCAAAGUGCAGUCUGGCAGGGGUCAUGCCUAUCAAUGAAUCCAUGUUGGCGGCGACUGCAACAAGCCCCCACGGCCAUGGAUGCAUUUUAUCCAAGGACAAAUCUGAACACGAACAAUUCAAAGGAAGAGAGGAGCUGGUACACAUCGCCUAUACGCACCUAGGCUCUCUAAAAUGUGUUCUGGUCAAUGCCACAACACUGCAGCCUCGCGCGCCUUCAACUCUUCACUUUGAACUUCUCGUUGACGGGUCUGUUAAAGAUUCCAUGCCUUUCCUGGUCUUGGACAAGCACAUGAAAGUACCACUUCAAACGCUUACAGCCUUCACUCCAGGCAACCAAGUGAUGAACUUUGUGAAGAAGAGGGAUGGCUCAAAACGCUUCUCAGGCAACCCCGAAUAUGAGAAUUUCACCUCCAAGAUCUUCUCUCCAUCUCUCUACUUGAGUGCUUUCUCCACACUUAUGUCUCCAGAGUUGAAGGACAUCUACAGCACUCAGCUUCAGUACGCAUAUCCUGACUUUGACUUGGAGGGCAUUGAAGCGCAGAACUUGAGCAAAUGGAGGCCAGCUGCACUCGCGAAACUCGCCAAGUACCCGCCCAAGCUUUUGUCCGCCCUCGAGCAGGGCGUGACAUAUCAAACGUACAAGGCCACUUUGUUUAUUCUCAAUGGCCAUGUGCUGGAAGAAGUGGAGAUCGGUCGCUACCCGCAGAUUUUCAUGUUGUUGGCUCGGCUGGGCGGGUACAUGUCAGUGCUCAGCGCAGUUCUGGGUCUUUGCUGGGUGCAGCGCUGGCCGGACAGCUCUGUGGCGAAGAUCUACAGGACAAGGACUUUCCUUUUGGCUGAGACACGCGGCCAGCCCGAUCAUGAGCUUCUGGCCACUGCAACACUCCCUGAGGCUGCGUAG